AACGAACAGAACAAAUAAAACACGGUGGGUGUGAUGAUAGCGUGGUGACAUGACGAGAGGCGGCUCUGCCUUCAAUUAAUGGGGGAUGGUGUUUUAAAUGGACGAAGGAGUGGGUCAACUCCUUAACAUGAUGCCAUUUCUCCAUCUUUUUCAUUCUUUCAUUCCCUUUUCAGUCUCUCUUGUAAUCACCUCUGGUUCGCCUUCUCUUACGGGCCCCAUUGAAAUGCUGGAUGCAAGUUUUGCGGCGUGAAAAUGAACCGAAGAUCUCCAUAAAUCUGUCAUAUGGGCAAAUGUAUAUACUGCUCCUCUAUUUCCACAGGCAGAACAUAUUGUGGGAAAUUUCCAUUUGAUUACACGUGUAAGAUCCGAGCCCCUGCAAGAAGAAACGAUCGAAUCAAAUGAUAAAGGCCGAGUGAAAAUGGAGUGGGAGUUAAAGCGAGAUGGAACAGGGGAGAAACACUUGUGGGGUGACACGCAUCCACAGUGAGAUGAGGAGGAAAGGAGGGCAACGCCGCACAGAUCAGAGAACUCACCCACAGUAAUUUCCUUUCCAUAACUCCUCAUUCUCCCUCACCUUUCCUCCCUCCUUCCUUCCUCCCCUCCUCCUCAUCCCUCGCUCGCCUCUCACCAAGGGACAGUCUGGUAGCUUGUGGGGAGAAGGGAAAGCGCGACAAGAGACAGACAACAUGAAAGACGGGGAGAAAAUGAAAGGGACUGCCAAGGAACAAAAGACAAAAAAAGGGUUUAUUCGUAGAUGGGCAGAUCCCGAGCGGGGUGGCAGUCACAUGAUCUCGACGGAUGACCUGGAGUACCCGCGGGAGUACCGGACGCUGGGCAACAGCGGCCGGCGCUUCUCCAAUGUGGGCCUGGUGCACACGUCGGAGCACCGGCACACGGUCAGCGCGGCCCAGAGCCUGGAGGCCCUGACCAACCUGCACAAGGCCGACAUGGAGCGCAAGAGGGACGCCUUCAUGGACCACCUGAAGAGCAAGUACCAGCAGCAGCAGCAGCAGCAGCAGCAGCAGCAGCUGCAGCACCCGCACCACAGCCCCCACCACAACCCGCCGUCGCCCUCGCCCUCCCACGCCAGCAUGAGGGGCUCGUCGGAGCGGUCCGCACGGGAACAGCAACAGCCCAACUACUGGAGCUUUAAGAGCCGCAGCCCGCGCCAUUCCCAGUCCACCCAGUCCGGCCUCGCCGACCAGGCCGCCAAGCUCUCCUUCGCCUCCGCCGAAUCCCUGGAGACCAUGUCAGAAGCCGACAUUCCCCUCGGGUUCAACCGGAUGAAUCGAUUCCGCCAGAGCCUGCCGCUGUCCCGCUCCGCCAGCCAGAAUAAGCUACGAUCUCCAGAUGAGUUUUCAGGCGUGUUGUUCCUGCAGUACGGAGACGAGACGCGUCGGGUCCACAUCACCCACGAGCUCAGCAGCCUGGACACGCUGCACGCGCUCAUCGUGCACAUGUUCCCCCAGAAGUUGACGGCGGGCAUGCUGAAGUCGCCCAACACGGCCAUCCUGAUCAAGGACGAGGCGCGCAACGUCUUCUACGAGCUGGAGGACGUCCGGGACAUCCAGGACCGCAGCAUCAUCAAGAUUUACCGCAAAGAGCCCAUUUACGCCUCUUACCCGGCUGCGGCGCACCUGGCUAAUGGAGACCUGAGGAGGGAGAUGGUGUACUCCUCUCGUGACUCCUCCCCGACGCGCCGCCUCAACACCCUCCCUUCCUCCACGGCCUCGGCGUCCUCCGGCUCCCCGUCCCGCUCGCGUCUCUCCUACAGCGGCGGGCGCCCGCCGUCCUUCGCCGGGCCCCACCCCCAGCACGAGCAGUCCCGGCACCCGCACCACCCGUCCGCCGGCCACGCCGCCAACGUCGGCCUGUCCUCUUCGCCCAGCGCCAUCCUGGAGCGCCGCGACGUCAAGCCCGACGAAGAGGUCUCCGCAAAAAACAUGGCCUUGAUGAAGAACGAGAGCCUGUACGCGGACCCCUACAGCCUGAUGCACGAGGGCCGCCUCAGCAUCGCCUCCACCCAGUCGUUAGCCGCCAUCGGAGACCCCUUCAGCUUCCCCGUUUCCGCCGGCCUGUACCGCCGCGGCUCCGUGCGCUCCCUCAGCACCUACUCAGCCGCCGCCCUCCAAGGGGACCUGGAGGACUCCCUCUACAAACCCGGAGGUUCUCUGUACUCCGACACGUACUCCUCGGCCACGCUGGGCAUGGGUUUCCGCAUGCCGCCUUCAUCCCCGCAGAAAAUCCCCGACAUGCAGCUGAGGGACAGGGACUCGUACUCCGGCUCGCCGAGCAGAGCGUCGCCCGUCAGGCAGACUUUCCGCAAGGACUCCGCCUCCUCCUCCGUGUUCGUGGAGAGCCCAAAGUCGAGGCCCAGCUCCGGCUCAGAGCCUCUGUGUCUGCCGGCCGGACCUGGGGAGGGCAGCAGAGCCACGUCCGGUUUCGGUUCUUCUUUAUCUGGACAAGACUCAGACAAUAGCAGGGAUCAUCGGUUGGAGCGCAUGGAGGCCAUGGAGAAGCAGAUAGCCAGCCUGACUGGCCUGGUUCAGAGUGUGUUGACCAGGGCACCAGACAGUGACAGCACAUGUGGCCUGCUGCGUCUCUGCAUGAUGGCGGGCUGCCCUCCAGACCAAGGGACGGAGUUUUCACGGCCAUUACCUUUCUCUUCCAGCGAGAAGACCGAAACCAACAGUGACGGCUCCGCCACAGGAACUGGACGGCGGAAGCAGAAAGCUAACACGCCGUCGGCCCCCCUAGCUCUGAUGCCACCGCCGCCUUCUAACGCGAUCCACGUGAACAGCGUCGGCCGCUUGCAGAUGCAGCUCCAUCUGCACGGCCUGCAGCAAAACGCCACGGACCUGCGCAAACAGCUCACCCAGCUACGCAAGACACAGAUAGAGAACCAGGACUCCGUGCGAACGCUGCUGAAGAGGACGGAAGCGGAGUUGAAUGUGCGUGUGGCCGACGCCCUGAGGAAGCAGGAGGAUCCUCUGCAGAGACAGCGCCUCCUGGUGGAGGAGGAGAGACUCAAGUAUCUCAAUGAAGAGGAGCUCAUCAUCCAGCAACUCCACGACCUGGAGAAGUCCGUGGAGGAGAUCCAGAAGGAGUCGUCUGUCAACCACAAGCUGGUGACAGUGCAGGAGCUGGAGGAGAAGGCCACCGUUCUGAGAAAGCUGGGAGAAACACUCACGGAGCUGAAGAAUCAAUUCCCAGGCCUGCAGAGUAAGAUGCGGGUGGUGCUCCGGGUGGAGGUGGAGGCCGUCAAAUUCCUUAAAGAAGAGCCGCACAGACUGGAUGCCCUGUUAAAACGCUGCAAGACCAUAACAGACACCCUCGCCACGAUGCGCAAACAAGCCAAUGAGGGGGUGUGGAAGAAACAGGAAGACUUCUCCAAUCCUUCAUCAAAGCACAACGAGGACUUGAGAAAGUUCCCGGACUUUGACAUCCCCACGAGCCCCCCGCUCACCAUCAACGACCUCGGCGGAAACAGCCUGUCCAACUGGAGCCCCCACGCUAGCCUCAGCCGUGGACACGGGAACCCGUCUGGCCCCCACAAGGACAAUCAUCCUCCCGUCCCCCACAAGGGCAAAGCCCUGGAGGAGCUGGAGCGGCGCGCUGCCGCCGACAAAGCUCUGUCCGUGGAGGUCCGACUGGCAGCAGAGCGGGACUGGGAGGAGAAGCGGGCCAGUCUAACCCAGUACAGCGCCCAGGACAUCAAUCGGCUGCUGGAGGAGACCCAGGCCGAGCUAAUGAAGGCCAUCCCAGACCUGGACUUUGCUGCCAAGCAGAUCAAGCCCUCCUCCAACACACCGUCCGCCCACGCCCUGCAGAGCGGCACAGGGAACCCAGAGCACCGCGUCAGCAAACCCCAGCACAAGCUCUCUGGGAAAGAGGGAGGAUCCAGGCGUGGUUCUGAUGAGCUGACGGUACCUCGAUAUCGCACAGAGAAACCCUCCAAGUCUCCUCCACCUCCUCCACCCAGACGCAGUUUCCCUUCUUCUCCUGGAAUAACUUCUCGCAGUGGAGAGCCAUUAAUUCCUGGGAAAAGCAUAAAGAAAUCCGAAUCUGAGGAGAACGAGGGCCAGAAGCCUCACGUGAAGCUGAGAAGGGCCGUGUCCGAGAACCCUCGUCCCGCGUCCACACCGCCCACUCUGGCUUCUGGGGACAAGGAGGAAGGAGAGGAGGAGAAAAUAGCUGCCGAGCUGGAGGGAAGGCACUUUUCUCCCGUCCCCCACAUCGUGUUGACUGAGUGUUUGCCAUCUUCAUCCCCAUCAGAGGAUCCUGUCAGAGAUUUAGCAAAUAACCCUGUCAGCGAGAGUCCGUCGCGAGAUUGGACCGGUCACCGCUCAGUCUACGAGUCUGUCGUUUCGAGCGAAAGACAUUUGCAGGGAUUUGAGAGCCCUCCUCAGAGGGAUCAGUGUUGUUUGGAUAAAGAAAGGGAACAGGAAGUGGCCCUGCUCUUGACAGAGCUGGAGAUGAGGGUGGUGUCGCCUCACAAGGCCCGAGAACUGAGCAGGACGGGGGUUCUGCAGACUCUAACCAUCUCACCAGAGAUGGAAGAAGCCUCUAAGGUCCGGCUGAGUGAACGGCCUCUCCUAGUGCUCUUUGGGGAGAAAAAAACUGCCAGAGAGGCCUACAAACUCCUAUAUUCCCUCCUGGAGUCGUCCAAACCCGUUCCCAAACCCAGAGUAAUGUCCUCCCACCACCCAGACCCUCACAGAUCUCUGCUGAAGACGCUGAGAAGAGGGAUAGAGACCGGGGAUAGUAUUCUGAAACUUCAGCCCACGGCAGAAAUAAAGAGGACACCUCAGGUAAAUGAGAGCUCAGUGAGCAGCACUCCUGAAUGCAGUGAGUCAGACGGCUCCGUGGAGCAGCCGGUCUCAGCCAGCCGGUUGAGAAGGACAGAAGACGUCCGACACAGCACCUACAAGAGGCUGGACAGCUUGGAGGAGACCAUUCGAGAGCUGGAGAACACCCUGAUAGAGAUCAGCGGUCACCCUGCUCCGGAAUUCCUCUACACCCAAACAACCACUGCUGCACAGGGACCCGCCUGUGUGACAUCAGAGGCCAAGAAGCCGCCGGUCCCACCCAAACCAUCACGCACGAGCCCGGCAUCAAUCCAGGGAGGGAAUCAUUCCAGCGUUGGGAAGGUUCUCCACUCGUCAGCGACCUCCAAGUUGAAGCACCUGCAGCAGAACAGCACAGACAAGACUAAAAGUGGCAAAAGAGAGGACUUCCUGAAGAUGGGCCAGCAGCAGACGUGGGUGACCUCUCCACUCGUCCCACAACUCAAGUGAGGGACCCGUCCCCCGUCCAGCCUCCUCGGCUCCCUUCUCCUCUCCUGUUCACCCGACUGCAGAGACGCACGCAUCCUCUCCACCGUCCGCUCCCUUUAUUUUGUCAGCCACUUUCACGGCUCCAGCGUUCAUUCCGAGAUCUGUUCUGAAGCCCUCUCUGUGCGCAUUUGUGAAUGAGUGUGUGUGUGUGUGUGUGCAAGCAUGCCUGCACUGGCAUGUUUGACUGUGAUGGUUAGAGAAGGUGCUGCAGGGGGGACAGUGCCCAGCCUCAACCUGUUUUAAGACUUUUCAUUUUUUAUGAUUUCCCCCCCGAUCCUUGAAAAACCUCAUCUCUCUGCGUUCCGCCUCUGCCCCCCUUUCCUGUCUUCUGUGUCCCUGCUCUACAAGGCCCCGGGGACCAGCAGCACCGGUGGCAGCAUUGAGCCAUACCUCUCCGGUAUCAGAUCGGGCAUUUUUUCCGGCCGACUGGCCUCUCCUCCCGCGGCAGCGUUCGCCCCCGGCCUGAGGAAAUGCGCCCACCAGGGGGCGACGCCGUCCCCGGCGGCCUCCUCGAGCCAAGCCAGAGCCCUCCUGGCGAGCCUGUCGGCCUCGGGCCUGAGCGCCGAGGCCCUGCUCCUCUCCUCCGCCCUCCGUCACCACCGCCUUCUGCGCGAGCAGCGAGCCUCCUCCCUGUCCCUGCCCAGCAGCCAGUCCUCCUCCCCCACCCCCAAUUCCACUCCUCCCUCGUCCUCCUCUUCGCCCACCACCCCUACUCCAUCCCUGUCCCCCUCCUCCCCCACCCCCUACGGCUUCUCCUCCGGGGUCCUCGGGCCCAGCGAUCGCAGUCUCGACAGCUCCAACCUCAACAGCUGCAGGGAUAGUGGCGGCGAGCCGUGUGAAUAAGGACCUAACCCCUGGCGAAUCCCGCAAUGAAAAGGAGGAGAAUGAGCACAUGGGAGGAUGAAAUUCAAGCACCAUCACAUCAUGAACUAUAAAGAGAAAACAAGUACAAAAAUGUAGUGGAAAAAAUCCAUUUCUUCUUCUUUUUUUUUUUUUUUGGUUUGUUUUUUCCAGGACUUUUUCUUUUUCUCGGCUAUAUUGGCUUCACUGCAGCCCGUAUCAGCCACAGAGUCACAGCCUCCUGUACUCGGACCUGUUUCCUCCUCCGGUCCCGUUCACAGAUCCUCUGCAGUUUUUCCCACGCAGUCAUACUGCCAGCCUCCCACAGAGAGAGAGCUCUCAGCCGGGGCCUCCCCCCGGCCGCCCCCCUCCCCCUCCAGCCGCGGUGCCGCGAGGCUGACGCGUCCUGGACGCAUUUACCGACAGCACCACCCUCCUGUGUGCCCUCACUCGAUGGCUCGUUAGUGGCGUAGUUUAAAUAUCUAGACUGUGACUCUGACCAUAGAAAGUAGAGCUGCAAUAAUCACCCGGUGAGUCCAGUAGUCGUGUGUGUUCAGGAUAACGUUUCUCUCACUCAACCUGCGUCGCCUGGCAGAAAGUGAGUCCUCUCAGAUGUUAAAAAAAGAAAAAAAAGAAAAAAGAAUCAAACGUAGGCCAAGGUGAUGAUUGUGGUUUCAAACUGUUUUUUUUUUUUUGGGUUGUUGUUGUUUUCUCAAAGGGCAUUUGUGGCUUUUUCUUGCGUCACAUGUGUUUUAAACUCUGAACUGGUGCUAUAUUUUCCCCUUUGUUUGUACACACUGUGUAAAGAGUUUACAUGAUUGUCCUCACUACCCUGUACAUUCCACCGUCUCCUUUAAUUUCACGUCGCAUUUCAAUAUUUAUAUGCACCUUUACAGAACGAAAUCCUCGCAUCAGUAAUUACAGCCGAUUUGAAAGCGAAUGGCGAAGGUUCGGUCGCGACGGGGAGCGGCCGCGUUUUUCUGCUCAGCGGCACAGUUAAACAAACAGGAGGGGAAAAAUGCAAUUGUAUACAAGUGUUGAAUUUCUGUAUGUGUGUACUAACUAGUUAAUUAUGACAAUCAGGAUGUUUCCGCAGUAGCGUCUCACAGGUGGCUCCGGCAUUUUCAGCGCCUGGCAUCAGAAACCCAUCCCAAAGACUCAAGCACACGCGAGUGGUGAAUAACACACACAUUCUGUCACACAUGCACUUGUAAAGCCAAGCUGUACAGCAACUAGUCUUUUUUUUGUGUGUGUGUGUGUGUGUGUGUGAUGGUUCCUUUUGAGUCAUAUCUGAUUCACUCUGGUAACACACGCCAUAUUGACCGGAACACGAUUUCACCCUUUAAAGGAAUCUAAAAAUACGGACUCCGCCGGAGACGCUUGUGUUUCACCAGGUUUUUUUGCAAGUUGCAGGACUGAAAAAAAAAAGAAAAACAAAAAAAAAAAACCCGUUCUUUGAAAAAGAACAAGAGUUCGAGCGCUUGUGUUUGAAAGAUGAAGAAUGUUAAGCUGCACAUCUUUAAACUUCAGAGGAGGAUACAGAAAUAUGAACGAAGCACAGUUUCCUCACGAAAACACAAAGCCCUUCCUUCUAACUUUGAAUCUGGUUCACUACGACAAGCACAAAGCUGCAUCGAUUCCGAAAAGCGACAAAAACAUUCCCCGAACCUUUAACACACUGCGCGUUAGAUUGUGGCUCUGGUAUUAUUACUUGCAUGCUGAAAGACUAAUGAACCAAGGCCUUUGCUGUUUCUCAGUGACACUAGUUGAAGUGAUGAUUAUUUAAAGCACAUAUAUAAGUGGAAAACCCUGCACAAGGAACCAAUUUGAAGCUGCCGGAUUUGUCGCGUUCGCCUCAAGAUCGUCCGCUGGGGCCGAAACGAGGUUGGAUGGACAGUUACAGAGACCUGAUUUUUUUUUUUUUUUUUUUUUUUCUCAGUCUUUCUCCAGAAUAACUGUGGGAAAUUGAUUCUUUGUGGCACCGAGAUUAAAACAUGUGCGAAUGGGCUCUUGUCAAAGAGCAGGCAGCUCGAGGAGAGGGGAUUAGUUUGGGGGACAUGUGUUUGAAGGCUGUUUUAUUAAGGCCGGCUCUGACCGGCCCUGCCUCCAUCUAGAGUGCUGCUGAUAUGAAAGACACACGGAGAUGAGAGGAAGGCUUUGACAGACAGUCUCCUUUCCCUGCCUUUUUCACUUCGCUUUGUCUUUGGCUUGAGGCCUCUCUGAAAUAAAAAAAAUAAAAAGGUUAUCCUAGGACCGCGUUUGAUGGGCCUCCAUCACAGAUGGCGUGUGUGCGACGUGUAAUUGAGCAGUGAAUUUUACCGAGGCACUUCUCUUUCGACUUUAACGCGCUCCUGCGGGUUUCGCCUGCGUGGACCUGUAAACGCGUUUUUCCCCCCGUGCCUCUAAGACUUCGCUCUCGCCCGAAACCCCUUAAUAAUCUCGUUUUACAGUAUUAAAUCUUCAGCAACAACACGAUAUUUACCCAAAGAAGAAGCCGCGAGAGCUGGUCCGUUAACCUUUUUUUCACAGUGGAGAGAAGACGGGCGCCCCGAAGCGGCGAGUGUGUCAGGUUGCAGAGGUGGCCUUCGACUGAACGCCCCCCCCAUCCCCACCCAACCAUCCCCAGCUCUGACGCCGCGCAAAACUGCAAAGCUCACAGUGCGGCGAAUUAGGCCUCACCCCGGGAGCUCUGCGGCUCUGCCGGGCAGGUUCGAGCCCCGGGUUUCGUAUUGAGUGAAGUCAAAUGAAAGAAAUUCACUUACUCAUGCUGCUCCACACUCAAAUCCAUAACUCUCCAAGUUAAAUUUGCUGCAUUUGCGUCUGGCGAGCGUUGAGGGGAGGAAGCGUGCACGCUCGGCUGCUUCCUCCAAGUAAAAUCUGAGAUGAAACCCUCCCAGAAUUGCGUGACAGUGCUCUCUGGACUUAUUUUUUUUAUUAUUAUUUUAUUUUUUUUUUCCCCUCUCAAGACAAGUGUUAGUGGGCUGUGAUUUCAACAUGGCUGGAGGCUUAGAGGGCAUGUCGAACACACUCACAGUGGAUGCCUCGGGCAAUCAGAAAAACUCAUGCAAACUUGAAAUUAAACAUAGGAGAAAUAUACAUAUAUAAAUAUAUCUAAGUCAGAUGUUCGUGUAUGAUAUUAUAAUUGUGAAGAAAAGUGUGAUAUAUAUAUAGACCUAGAUUCAAUUAUAUACUGUACAAUGUCAUCAUCUCUUCAGUUUUAUAUAUUAGUGACCAUUUUGUACAGACUUUUCUUUUUUAAUUCAUUGAGAGAGAUAUUACAUUUCACACUGAGAUUAUUUAUUCAUAUGCAGAACAUUUUUAUAUUUGUUUAAAAGGACCUGUAUAGAUAACGGUUAGCCUAUGUAAUAUACACUGAAGUUCAUUUUUAAAUUCUAGGAUUUUCUCUGUUCAAUUUUUGAGUGAUGUUUGAUUUGUGCAAGCUUGUCCCUGAAAAUGCUCGUCCAGCCCUUCUGCACCUUUGCCUCCUUAAAUAUGAAGGGUCACUUUAAGGUUUAAGAGGCUGGACCAGUGCCUGUGUGUUAGGCCUUAUUUUCCUACUGUUUUUUUUUUCUUUCUUUUUUUUUUUCGGGAGGUUGUUUGUUUCUGUACCUGUGGUCUGUUCUUUUUUUUUUUGUUGUUGUUGUUUUCGUUUCCAUCCCUUUCUCUUGUCGUGAUUCCGGUGGUAUUAGUGAUGUUGGAGAUGUUGGUCGGAAACACAGAUAUUGUGGUAACUACUGUGAAAGGUCAGUUCAUGGGCCCAAAGCCUUUACAUGAGGUCUCGCUGCUUUGACAAAAGUAAGUUACUUGGCUUUAAUUUGUCUCUGUGUCAUGUUUGCAUGUGAACAAGUGCGGAAGGACUCUGAGGUGACAGGUGGAAGUACAUUUAGUUGCUUGUUCUGCUCCGGUCGUUGCGUGGCUUUAAGUAGCAGUUAAGUUAAAAGUUGCAAAACCACCAAGAAGGAUUAUUAAAGGAAUUAUGUGAGGUUUUAAAAGUUUUCUUUUUUGCCAUUGUAUCUUUUUUUUAUAUUAUAUAUAUAUAUAUAUAAUGAGCCUACAUUCUAUAGUAUGUAUAUGAGGAUUUUUACAUGAAUGUGUGGAUGUUCAAAAAUCUUGGCAUCAAAAGUAGAAAAGCAAAAUUGACUUAAUUGUAAAUAGGCCGAGUCAUUCCUAGCGAGUCCAACAAAUUGUUAUGUCCAAAAGAAGAUGUUUCAUUAACAAACUAUGACGAUGGGUACAAAGGUAUAUACAAAACAAUGCAUGUAUAGUCUCAAGCAAUCGCACGGUGCAGUUGAUUUAAAAAAUAAUAAUAAUGAAUAAAAAUAAAAGUUGUCUACUUGUUUUCUCAAAAAAUAAAAAAUAAAGCGAGAAAGAAAGAGAGGAGUGGUUCUACGUUUUAAGAGGUUUGCAACAUGACGAAUGACGAUGAAGACAUUAUUUUGGUAUCUGUGACGCAGGCAUGUUCAGUCUUAACUGUGACGUUGUGUGACGAUAGUGGCGGAGAGCGGUGAACGCCUAGGAUGCAGAAUGCUUGAACGCACCCCAACCAGAGAAGCCACCAGCGAUGGUGUUACUCUUUCCACAGAGUGAUUCUCCCAUUUGUAGAGUAGUGUGAUAUAAGAACAAAAAUAAUACAGAAAAUAGAUCUAUAAUAUAAUGAUAUAUAAAUCUAAAAGCCUACUGAUACUGGAGAUACUAAUUUAUCAGUGUGGAUGCCAUGAUAUCCUGUGAGAAAUGUGUGUGUUUUUCCCGUGAGAAGACAGCAGGCAGUUGCACCUGCCUCCUUUUGUACAUACUUUGCUGUGAUUGUGUGUCCAAUAAAGUGCAGCUCUCUUGUACAGUCUGA